CAACAAAUGGGGAAAUGGGAAUGGCAAGAGUAAAACAAGAAUGGAAAACCUAUAAAUAGAUGUUAAUUAAAUGAUGAGUCGUUAGUUUAUUUACAAAAAUCAGUUUAAAAUACACGGAAAAGUUUAAAAUGAAUUUGGUGUUGGGAUUAGCGGUCUUGUGUACAGUGUUUACACUUAAUUCAGGGAUAUUAACAGUGCCAAAAUAUAGAACAAUAGCACCAUCAGUAACCACAAAUGAGGAUUCAACAGCAGCAUCAUCGAAAAAGGACAAGCGUGGCGUGUUUGGCUUUGGUGUGCAUGGACAUCAUGGAUAUGGUCCACAUUACGAUGAUUAUGCACACAAUCAUCAUCAUCAUAACCAUCAUUCGCAACCACAUAUACCACCUUUACCACCCCAUCAUCCUCCAGCAACACAUCCAGUCAAUUUAGGUGCUCAUUUUCACACAACAGUUACGAAAAAAAUUGGAAUUCCAAUACCUUAUCCGUAUCCAGUGAAGGUAUGUUGCAUUAUUGCAGUUGUUAUGUUUAUAAAAUUAUUGGGAAAGCUGUUGCAAAUAUGUUUAUUAAAUUCAUAAAGCUUCCCACAAACUCAUUAUGGACGGUAAAUUUCAG